AGCCUCGGAUUCAGACUGGCUCUGGGGUUAGCUGUGCAAGGCCAGCUGGCUGCUCAUCUGACUGUAGUGCAUCGCUGCCCAACAGCCUGAGACUGCAGGGUGUUUUUUGAGAGUUGAGUUUCAAUGGCCACCCUGACUAGCGAGAAGCAAGGACUGCUUAUACGGACAGCUCGUUUUUAUCUUGUGCAGAGUCGGCUUUGUAGUGGGAUGUUGAAGUAUGACACAAUGCCUGUUUGUUUGCAAUAGCUGCAACCCUCGUAGCAGAGAUUCAAGUGGGAAACAGAGGGGGAAUCCAGAGACAAACCAGCGGGGGAAUUAGGAACUGUGACGCCGUGUCCUCUCUCCUGUGCCGGAGCAAGCAAAGGAAAGAGAGGUAGAGGAAAAAAGACUGAGCCUUGCAACCAACUGUCACCCUGACGAUGUGUCAGUCAAACACCCUGCAGGGACCAGAUCUGCACACAGGGAAAUGGUGAGAUGCUAUAAAGCUUUAUCUAACCCUCCACCCUCUUGCUACAACCUCCGCAAAGUUAAAAUUCAUGUCCGGAGGCUGCGUUCAGGGAACGGCGGCAGCAGCAGCUGUGCCGGGGACCAGCACCCACAACUGGAGAGUCCAGGCCCGGCUGGCUCUGCCUGUGGUACACCAAAUAGGAGAACUCGUUUCAGGUUGCAAUUUCCCCAGCUGGCCCUGAGGCGAAGGUUGGGCCAGCUAAGCUGUAUGUCUAGGCCUGCUCUGAAACUCCGUUCUUGGCCUCUGACUAUUCUCUAUUACCUUCUGCCUUUUGGUGCUCUUAAACCCUUGACCAGAGUGGGAUGGAGGCCUAUGAGCAGGGUUGCUCUGUACAAAUCAGUACCAACUCGACUGCUCUCACGAGCCUGGGGUCGCCUGAACCAGGUGGAGCUGCCUACGUGGCUCCGGAAGCCAGUUUACAGCCUGUACAUCUGGACAUUUGGAGUGAACAUGAAGGAGGCAGCUGUUGAAGAUCUGCAUCACUAUAGAAACCUCAGUGAAUUCUUCCGCAGGAAGCUGAAACCACAAGCACGGCCAGUCUGUGGUUUACACAGUGUGAUUAGUCCCUCUGAUGGAAAGAUCCUUAAUUUUGGGCAGGUAAAAAACUGUGAAGUGGAGCAAGUAAAAGGGGUUACUUAUUCUCUGGAAUCUUUCUUGGGACCUCGCAUCUCCACAGAGGAAUUGCAUUUUAGCCAGGCCUCACCUGGUAACUCUUUUCAGCAACAACUAGUCACAAAGGAGGGGAAUGAGCUCUAUCAUUGUGUAAUCUACCUUGCACCAGGGGAUUAUCACUGCUUCCACUCACCCACUGACUGGAGAGUGUCACACCGACGUCAUUUUCCAGGCUCUUUGAUGUCUGUGAAUCCUGGAGUUGCUCGCUGGAUCAAGGAACUGUUCUGCCACAAUGAACGGGUUGUCCUUACAGGUGACUGGAAACAUGGCUUUUUCUCUUUAACAGCUGUAGGAGCAACAAAUGUGGGCUCUAUCCGCAUCUACUUUGACCAGGACUUGCAUACCAACAGUCCAUGUUACUCUAAAGGUUCCUACAAUGACUUCAGCUUCAUAUCCAACAACAACAAGGAGGGAAUCCCCAUGAGGAAAGGGGAACAUUUAGGGGAAUUUAACUUAGGCUCUACGAUCGUACUAAUCUUUGAGGCACCCAAGGACUUCAAAUUCCACCUCAAAGCCGGACAGAAAAUCCGCUUUGGAGAAGCACUGGGCUCUCUAUAGAAACUCUCUCAGCAAGAAGGUUUUCUAUACAAAGGGACUCUUAUCACACCACUGAGUGUUUCACUUAACCAGUAUGUAUCACUCAGCAGGACCUGGGUGAGGGAAACAGAUGAUGUCAUUGCUAUGUGAAACUUGAGAGUAUUUGGUCUCUAUUUACAUGCUGCUGAAUGCAGAAAGAGACUUGAAUGACCACAUAUAUGUAUCAGGUACUGCUGCCUUUAAAGAUAUUGACCAUGGAGGUUUCUGUCCCACCCUGUGCCUGUAGUCUUUCAUGUUCUCCCCUUGAUGUGCCACAGGAUAAUUAUGUUC